CCGCCAGGAGUUCCGGCGGCUGGUCCAGGGACUCGGCCCUUGGUCCUGCAGCGGCCGCUCCCGCUUAGCGCUGCCCCCACCCGCCGGCCGAGGCGCCGGGGCCUGUCGCGGGCCUCUCGGGGCCGAGUCUAGGCCGUGUCCAGCGCCGAGUCCCCGCGGCCUGCGACCGUGGUGUCCGCAGGCCCUGCCCGGCCCUGCCCGGCUGCAUCCCCGGUGUCCUCCCUCCCCUCCGGCCGGCCCAGCCUUACCCCUGCCCCUGCCCGGCCACCAUGGAGUUUGCGGAGCUGAUCAAGACCCCGCGGGUGGACAACGUGGUGCUGCACCGGCCCUUCCAUCCGGCCGUCGAGGGGACGCUGUGCCUGACCGGCCACCACCUCAUCCUGUCAUCGCGCCAGGACUGCUCGGAGGAGCUGUGGCUCCUGCACUCCAACAUCGACGCCAUCGACAAGCGAUUUGUGGGCCCACUGGGGACCAUCAUUAUCAAAUGUAAAGAUUUUCGCAUUAUCCAGCUGGAUAUUCCCGGAAUGGAGGAGUGUUUGAACAUCGCCAGUUCCAUUGAAGCGCUGUCCACACUGGACUCCAUCACACUCAUGUACCCCUUCUUCUACCGGCCAAUGUUUGAGGUGACUGAGGAUGGCUGGCAUGCCUUCCUCCCGGAGCGCGAGUUCCAGCUUUGCCCAGCCCUGGCCAGUGAGUGGCGGCUGAGCUAUGUCAACAAGGACUUUUCUGUGUGUUCCUCAUACCCACCCAUCGUGGUGGUGCCCAAGACCAUCGAGGAUGAUGCCGUGUCCAAGGUGGCUGCCUUCCGGCAGGGUGGCCGCUUCCCCGUGCUCAGCUACUACCACCAGAAGAACGGGAUGGUCAUCAUGCGCAGUGGGCAGCCACUGACGGGCACCAACGGGAAGCGCUGUCGGGAGGAUGAGAAGCUGCUGAACGCGCCGCUGAGAGCCGGGAAACGGGGCUAUGUCAUCGACACACGGCCCCUCAAUGUGGCCCAGCAGGCCCGGGCCAAGGGGGGCGGCUUCGAGCAGGAGGCCCAUUACCCGCAGUGGAGGCGUAUCCACAAGGCCAUUGAGAGGUAUCACGUCCUGCAGGAGAGCCUGGUCCGGAUGGUGGAGGCUUGCAAUGAUCAGACCCAGAACAUGGACCGGUGGCUCAGCAAGCUUGAGGCCUCCAAUUGGCUGACUCAUGUCAAGGAAACCCUGACCACCGCCUGCCUGGCUGCCCAGUGCAUCGACAGGGAAGGCGCAUCCGUCCUGAUCCACGGCACGGAAGGCACUGACUCCACACUUCAGGUCACUUCACUGGCCCAGAUCAUCCUGGAGCCCAGGAGCCGGACUGUGCACGGGUUCGAGGCCCUCAUAGAGAGAGAGUGGCUACAGGCUGGGCACCCAUUCCAGCAGCGCUGCGCACAGUCAGCCUAUGGAGGCAGCAGGCAGAGGAGUGAGGCACCCGUGUUCCUGCUCUUCCUCGACUGCGUGUGGCAGAUCCUGCGCCAGUUCCCCUGCUCCUUUGAGUUCAACGAACAGCUCCUCAUCCUGCUCUUCGAGCAUGCCUACGCCUCCCAGUUUGGGACAUUUCUGGGCAACAACGAGAGUGACAGGUGCCGGUUGAAGCUGCAGCAGAAGACAAUGUCACUGUGGUCCUGGCUGAACCGGCCUAGUGAGCUGCGGCGCUUCACCAACCCUCUCUACGAGGCCAACAACUUGGUCAUCUGGCCCUCGGUGGCACCCCAGAGCCUCCAGCUGUGGGAAGGCAUUUUCUUGCGUUGGAACAGGUCCUCCAAGUACCUGGACGAAGCAUACGAAGAAAUGGUCAAUGUCAUCGAGCACAACAAGGAAUUACAGGCGAAGGUCAAUGCCCUUCGAAGGCAGCUAGCAGAGCUGGAAACGGAGGAUGGGGUGCAGGAGACACCCUGAAGCACCCUGUACAACAUGUACCUUUCCUAUCCCCUCCUUUCCUUUUCCCAGUCAGUCCCCUCUCCCAGGAGCCCUGGCUUGGCGGCUCACAUGUAAGAGGUUUCAUCCUCACAAACAAAGCUGCUGUGAAGACAUAGGUGGCUUGUGGCCUGGCAGACCUUUGGGGGGGGGGCAAGGAGCACUGUAUUUAUGGUAAAAAAGAGGGACAGAUCCCCCCCAGCACCUGCCUUCCUUUCCUCAGGCACUUUCUCAAGCCCCCUCUGCCUUGGGGAGAUGAGACCGCUCCUGGGUUUGCCACAGGGAAGGGCGGAUGGUUUCACAAGGGACCAGACUUUCAACAUUCCCCAUCCUGAAAAGGUUCUAUAAAUAAGCAUUUCCCGAGUUUAAUGAGCACCUCCCGUGGUCUCUGCCUUCCAAAACAGCAGUUCUCUACCCACAGCAUUGGACUAACAGAACUGCUCAUUCUCCUCCUAAGGAGAAUGAGUUUCGUCAAGAAAGGGAACUGAAAAUCCAUAUUCAAAGGGAAUUUUCUGUAAAGGGGCUGACAGGUAAGAGGGGCCCUCUGAUAAUUUACACAAGGAAGUGGAUUUCUUUCAACCGUUAGACACUAGGAGAACAUUUGGCGGAGAAGCCAGUAGGAAUUGUUACUGCCAGGAGGGGUAUUGUGACUGCUCUGGUUCUGGUUCUCACCAAAUACAGUAAAUGGGCCCCCGAGGCGCCAUGGGACAGGAAACCAUCAUUUCGGUAUGAAUUUGCUAUUAAGCUACAGUAAUGGUGUGUUUACACUGGAAAUGCAUUGACUGCCUCGUCUGGGAUUUUCACUGCACUGGCUUCUGUAUCUGUGAGUGUGUGGUUUUGUUUUGUUUCUUUUCCUCCUGUGUUCCUGUCAUUCGUAAAAGUUAAAGCUGUCA